AUGGAGCUCACAGUACCGUCAUCUACGUUUAACGAAGAUGGCAGCAAUGCUUUGAGUAAAACAGUUAUUGAAGGAGUACCUUCAGAUGAUCCAAGAAUGCGAGAACCAACUAAAUUAGAGACCAAGAAAGAUGGUAAGACGAAGAGACACGCGUUUGCUUGUGUUCGUUGCCAUUCAUUGAAACAAAAAUGUGUUCCAUCAGAUAGUAAUGACAUAUACCGCAAGCCAUGUCAGCGCUGCCUGAGACAGAAGAUAGUUUGUAAGUUCGAUCUGUCUAAGAGAAUAAGGAAGAAGAGAAAAAUGGGUAUGGCAAGUAUUGAUAACAGUGCGAAGACCUCUCCUGCAGUCAUUGAUAAUUCCCCUUCCAAUAGUGUCGUGAACGAUAUUUUGAGUAAUUCUUCGCAAACACCUCCAUCAGUACAAAAUUCUGAUUUCUCUGUGGAAAAUAAGAGAACUAAAAUAGAUGCAGUGGGAGGUCCACAUCAUUCACAGUCGUCAACAGCAAUAACACAGAGUACCACUCUACCGAGAAUCUCUGACUUGUGGCAUGAUAUAAAUCAGAAUGACCAAUCUUCAAAUGACGAUAAAACGAAGGCGUCGAACAGUUUCAGUACAUCUUCUCUUCCUUUGCUGAAUAAUCAUCAGACAAAUUUUGAAUACAUGUCAAAUAAUGGUUCUCCUUCGAUGAACUUCAACCUUAAUACGUACAGUAACAAUGCAGAAAAUAAUAUAAACACUCAAUCAUACUCGAAUCUGGAUACCUUUUAUUUCGAAAAGAAACAUAGAAACAAUGUUCGACAGCCUCAAUUUCAAAGUCGUGAUAACACUACGCAUCACCAAUAUCAUCUCAAUCACGCCUUCAAAAAACAGUUACAAUCAUUACUUAUAAAUCAAAAGGAUAAAAUACAGGACAUUUCUAAUAAAUUCACUGUCUGGUCACAUCAAUGGAACCAAUUAGUGCACUCAAGCAUGUUUUUACCAUCAGUAUCUGACCCUAUUUCAAUAGGCAUAUUAUCAGAGGAAGAAGCACAACUAAGAUUAGAUCUCUAUAGAAGUGAAAUCUCUAAAAAUUCACGAAUACCAUUUAUCAAACUUCCUAAUGAUUUGACUAUAAAACAGUUCCGCAAGGAUAAACCUAUAUUUUUUUCUGUUAUAAUGUCAGUUGUCUCAAUAUUAAUGAAUGAAAACCAAACGACCAGAGAAACAAUAAUGAAACUUGAUAGCUUUGUCAUCAAUCUCAUAACGAAUCAAAUCUUCAAAGUGAAUAACAAGUCGAUAGAGGUUAUUGAAGCGCACGUCACAUUAUGUAUGUGGUACAAUUUCCUGGAGUGGUCAAGUAAAACAAGAUAUCAUCUUUUCAAUUAUAUUGGCUGUUGUUUAACGAAAGAUCUUGGCCCAACAUUUGUCGAUAGAUCAUUUGCGAUGUUUAGCGACGAAGAUCCCUAUAAGCACAAAUACAAAAAGUUCAAGACUCCCUUGGAAAUUGACCCAAAUGGACCAAGGUUAACCCUUCUAGUUUAUAUUACGUCCUUGAACAUUUCGUUAUUUCUAAGACAAACUAUCCAAGCUAGAUGGGGAAAAUUGAAUGAGGCAGCAUGCCAUGAGCUAUCGAAAAGGAUUGAAUUGAAAAAACUGGAGAACCAGCUUCAAGGCAAAGAUAUCUACGAUGUGGAUGAUGAUGAAAUUUUGGUCACAUUCACGAAUCUUAACCAUAUAUUAGAAAGAAUCCAUGUUUAUUUACACGAAUUUAAAGAGGGGUCACAAGAUGAUGGCUACAGUUGCAGUGAAGAGGAUAUUGAAUAUAGAGAGAGAUACGUUUCAAAAUUAGUCAAUAAAUAUCAAAGUGACCUUGAUGAUAUUUUCAAGAAAAUUCCAUCAAAGAGAAGGAGACUACUGUCUUUUUAUUAUUCAGUGGAAGCUUAUUUGCACCAAUUUAAGACUCAACAUUACUUAAAUAAAAUGCGAGACAAACCCAGCGGAGAUUAUGAUGCAGCUUUGAUUAAUGAUAUAAGAGCUUCAUUUAUAAGUUGUUACAAUUGCUGUAUCAGCUCCUUAAAACAAUUUUUGAACCUGUCUCCUUAUUUGAUUACUUCGUUACCUUUAUUCCAUAUGUCUAGAAUUAUUUAUACUGUGGGAUUAUUAUUGCUAAAAUUACGCUAUUCAGUUGUUUCUUUACCAAUUUUCCAUAAUUUGAUAUCAAUAACAGAUGAAAGUAUCGAAGUAGUGAAAGAUUUAAUAAAUCUAUUAGAAGAAACGUCAAGGAUAUAUCCGUUCAAUAAUUUCCUUUAUAAGUUCCAAUAUGUUGUUGCUCUAUUUGGACAGACAUAUGCUAACAAAGUCACCGAACUGGCAGAAUGUGUAGAAAGGAAUAACACUGGUACCAUGCAGUUUAAUUCAUUACUUUUGAACAAGACAAAUGGUGGAUCUAUCAGUAGCACUGAUACUGCUAUAAAUCCGAAGGUACAAUCUGUAUUAUUGAACCAAAAGGGUAGAGACAAAUUGUUUCAAGAUUUGAUUCCUAGAGUUGAUAUACCUCCAUCUUAUACCCCCAUUAUAGAGAACACAUCUGCGGCACAGACUCGAAAUGAAAACAUCAGUAACAUUACCACUACUACUACUACUACUACUACUAAUAAUAAUAAUAACCUACCGAAUAUGAAUAUUAUAAAUAACAAUGGAAACAGCGCUACAUCACCUUCAAUUGCUAGCGAUAAUUUGAAUGACUAUUUAACGGAUAUGAAUUCAUUGGCAUGGGGGUUUAAUGCAUUAAACGACGAGUUCUGGACGGAUUUGUUCAUAAAUGAUUUAUAA